AUGGCAGAUGUUAGGGAUAAGGCCAUCAGAGAAUAUGCCAUACCGAUUUUACAUAGGCUCAAUCUUGGCAUCAUUAGGCUAGAGAUACAGGCGCCUCAGUUUGAGCUUAAAUCGGUCAUAUUUCAAAUGUUGCAAACAGUGGGUCAAUUCAGUGGCAUGGCAACUGAAGAUCCCCACUUGCAUCUCAGGUUAUUCAUGGAAGUCUGUGAUACUUUUAAGCUCCCAGGGGUUACAGAAGAAGCUUUGAGACUGAAGCUCUUCCCUUAUCCCUUGAGGGAUAAAGCUAGGGUAUGGUUAAACUAUCUACCACCGGACUCUGUGGCGACAUGGAAUGACUUGGCAGAGAAAUUUGUGAUGAAGUAUUUCCCUCCAACUAAGAAUGCCAAGCUUAGAAAUGACAUCACCGGAUUUCAGCAACAUGAGGGAGAAUCUUUGUAUGAGGCAUGGGAGAGGUUUAAGGAAUUGUUGCGCAAAUGCCCUCACCAUGAGAUUCCUCAUUGGAUUCAGAUGGAAACGUUCUAUAAUGGACUUAAUGGGCAAACUCGAACCAUAGUAGAUGCUUCAGCCAAUGGUGUUAUUUUGGCAAAGACUUACAAUGAGGCUUAUGAGAUUUUGGAACGGAUGGCUAAUAACAACUAUCAGUGGCCUGCGGAGAGAGCAGCUGCAGCUAGGAGAGUAGCAGGAAUUCAUGAAGUGGAUGCGGUGACAGCUUUAACUGCUCAAGUGUCAUCCUUGGCAAGUAUCUUGAAAUCAAUGAAUCAUGAGGUGAAUUCUCCUCAGUUUAUAGCGGUCUCUUGUACUUACUGUGGUGAAGGGCAUCUCUUUGAUAGUUGUCCAUCCAACCCAGAAUCAGCAUGUUAUAUGGGUAACUUCAACAGAAACAACAAUCCAUAUUCCAACACUUAUAACCCAGGUUGGAGGCAACACCCAAAUUUUUCCUGGAACUCUCAAGGGCAGAAUGCAACAUCUUCUUCAAUAGCAAACCACCCUCAACAUCCUCCUGGAUUUCCACAACAGCCGAGACAUCAACCAGCGGAACAGCACUCAUCGAUUGAGCACUUGUUGAAAGAGUACAUGGCAAAGAAUGAUGCCAUUACUCAAAAUCAGUCGGCACUGAUUCAGAACCAAGUAGCUUCAUUGAGGAACUUGGAGAAUCAAAUGAGGCAGUUAGCUAAUGCCUUGAAUAGUCACCCUACAGGCGCACUCCCAAGUAAUACUGAAGAUCCUAGGCAUGAAGGCAAAGAGCAUUGCAAGGCUAUUACGCUGAGGAAUGGGAAAGAAGUCGAGCAAGUGACUAGACAGCCCAAGCGCUGA